GUGUUUUUUUUUUAGAUAACUUCCAUUAAACACACACAGUAGGGAAAACAACUCCAUAGCUUCACCUUCACAACGGCGGCUGCCGAUCAAACUCCCGUCGCCGGCGACCACUACACCUUCCGGCAAACACGUCAACAUCAUACCUUCACUUCACUCAAGAAUAUAAACAUUUUGUGAUUGGAUUGAAUACAUAAUCGAAGAAUGGUGUACCUUCAGUACGGUAAGAAUAUUCUUCGCCGGAGUAGGUUUUUGAACUCCGAAUGUGUGCUGCAUCAUCCGGUGUUUUAUGGCGGUCAAGGUGUUAGAUACAGGAAAUUGGAAGUUAUACUUACAACUAAUGUAGAUAAGCUUGGGAAAGCCGGUGAGACUGUGAAAGUUGCUCCGGGACAUUUUCGUAACCAUUUGAUGCCUAAGUUGCUUGCGGUUCCGAACAUUGAUAAGUUUGCGUAUCUAAUCAGUGAGCAGAGGAAGAUAUAUCAGCCGAAAGAAGUUGAAGAAGUCAAGGAAGUUCCAAAGACUGAGGAAGACACAAUGAAAGAAUACCAAAAAGCAGCAAGAAGAUUGGAAAAUGCUAAGCUGGUUCUUAGAAGAUUUAUAAAGAUAGAUACUGAAUUGCGUUCACCUGUGGACAAAGAUGAAAUUAUAUCUGAGGUGGCAAGACAGCUCGGUGUGUUUAUUGAGCCUGAAAACCUGCAGUUAACAACCCCCUUGUCAACUUUAGGGGAAUUUGAGGUGCCACUUCGACUGCCCAAAUCGCUUCCUUUACCAGAGGGCAAGGUCCAGUGGACUCUCGAUGUCAAAAUCCGCAAAAAAUAAUCAAAUUUCUGGUAUUUUACAAUGUUUUCCAGAAAACUAAGGCUUUAGUUGAAUAAAUCAGAUCAAGAAAAUAAUCACUUUAUUCUCUCUAUCUUUCAUCUAUUUUGUUUUAUUUUUUGAUCGAUUCUUCUAU